AGCCUGCGCAUGCUUAACUCGGCGAUAUUGCGCUGUGCACUUCAGCUCGGAGUAUUUGGAUGACGGCAACACAGCGGUCCCACCGUCCACGUCCCGACAAACGAUCGGGAAGAAUAACCAGCACUUUGCAUCCCGCUCUGGUAGUGGUUAUGACUUAUAAGUAUCCUCCGUAUUCCUGUUCGGUGAGGUCGAUAGCGUUUAUCCAUCCAUCCAGAAAGCCGAUACCAUUAUCACCUCGUUCCCCACGUUCCCCAUGUCAACGAUGUCGGACACAGCCCUCAACAUGAUCGACCUCGAGGCCAACGGCGACGCUCGGGCGCUCCUCAAACUGUUCGAAUGGCGGGACGUCAAUGUGACCGUCAAAGACACGAAAACGAAACAGCCGUUCAAGAUCCUCGACGGUAUUACCGGCGGUGCUCGACCAGGCGAGAUGGUCGCAUUGAUGGGCCCCAGUGGCUCCGGGAAAACAACACUGCUUAACGUCCUGGCGAGGAGACCGGCCGCGGCGUCGGCUUCGGUCGAGGGGGAGUUGUUGAUCGAUGGGAAUGAAAUCGGCUCGGAUACCCUGAGGAGUAUCAGCACGUACGUGGAGCAGGAGGAUGCAUUGAUCGGCUCGUUGACCGUCCGCGAGACUAUCGAGUUUGCCGCGAGACUUGCGCCGACCGGGGCCGGGCGGAAGGAGAGGGUCACUGCUUUGAUCAAGGCGUUCGGAUUGGAGAUGCAGCAAGAUGCAAUGAUUGGAACACCGGUCAAGAAGGGGAUUUCCGGUGGACAGAAGCGGCGAGUCAGUGUUGCUAGCCAGUUGAUUACCAGGCCGAAGAUCCUGUUCCUGGACGAACCGACCAGUGGAUUGGAUUCCACCGCAUCGUUCGAAGUCAUGUCUCGCAUAAAAAAGGUUGCAGAAGCUGAGAACAUGAUCGUCAUAGUAUCCAUCCACCAACCGUCGACCGCUACAUUCGCCCUAUUCUCGCAGCUGGUCCUACUAUCCAGGGGAAGAGUCGUUUACUCCGGCAAGACGGACGAAGCCGUACCCUAUUUCGCCGGACAAGGCUUCCCGGUGCCCAACCUGACGAACCCUGCCGAGUACUACCUCGAUGUCUGCAAUGUCGAUUUCGACGCCGAAGCGGGCGACGUGGACCGUCUCAACCGUCUCAUCGACGCCUGGAAUGAUACCAACAAACCGAAGGAAUUUCGCAAGGGCACUAACGAUAUGCUCGCUCAGUCCGGCGUAUCGCACCGUAGCUCCUUCCAUAAGACAUUCGUUCUCCUGCACCGGCAAUGGAUCAAGUCCUACCGCGACAUCCUCGCCUAUUGGAUCAGAGUGGCGAUGUACCUCGGUCUCGCGCUGAUGAUGGGCACCGUCUGGCUGCGUCUCGACUCCGAGCAACGCAACAUCCAAGUAUUUACCAAUGCCAUCUUCUUCUCCGGCGCAUUCAUGUCGUUCAUGGCGGUAGCGUACAUCCCCGCCUUCAUUGAGGACUACUCUUCGUUCGUCAAGGAGCGGAACAACGGGCUUUACGGCCCAACGUCAUUCCUGCUGUCCAACUUCCUGAUCGGCAUUCCAUUCAUCUUCCUGAACACCCUGCUGUUCUCGAUCAUCACCGUCUUCCUCGUCAAUUUCCGCACCGACGCAACGAGCUUCUUCAAGUACGUUAUGUGGCUGUUCCUCGAUCUCCUCGCCGCCGAGUCGCUGGUAGUCCUUGUCUCCUCCGUCAUCCCGGUAUUCGUCAUCGCCCUCGCUGUCACCGCCUUUAUCAACGGCCUGUGGAUGAGUGUGGGCGGCUUCCUGGUGCCCCAGAACGUGCUGAACGACUUUUGGUACUACACCUUCUACUGGAUCAACUACCAGCGCUACGUCUUCCAGGCAAUGAUGUUCAACGAGUUCGAUGGGCGCGAGUACCAGUGUGACCGUGCAGAGAGUGGUGAGGGCUGGCAGUGCAUGUAUGCCUCGCCCCUGCAGGGAGAGGGGAAGAUUGCUGGACAGAGUGUCCUGAAGGCGAUGGGGUAUGGCAAGAGGGAGGAGGGUAUGUGGAUUGGUAUCUUGCUGGCUAUCAUUGUGGGCCUCAGGCUGCUGGCGUGGAUUGCGUUGAAAAUCAGGAAACAUUAGAAAUCCUGUGGAAAUCGGAGGCUUGGACAGAAGCGGUUGUAGAUGAGUAGUUUGGAUUUUCUAAGGCGGUG